CCACAAUGUCUCCAACAACCACAAUGUCUCCAACAACCACAAUGUCUCCAACAACCACAAUGUCUCCAACAACCACAACGUCUCCAACAACCACAAUGUCUCCAACAACAGGGUUCAAUUUGGAAAUGACAGUGCAAUUAAACAAGACGUUCACAGAAACAUUGAAAGAUCCAACAAGUGAUGAAUACAAAAAUCUUAAAAACAACAUGACUACAUUGUUAAACAAGGAGUAUGGAGGAAUCACAGGGUUUAUUGGUGUUUCUGUGACAGGAUUCAGAGAAGGAAGCAUAUUUACAGAGUUUGUUGUUGAGACUACAAAGGUUAAUGCUGAAGAAUUCGCUGAAGCAAAUACAGCAUUUUCAAAAGCAGUAACCUCUACUAUUGCCCCUGUCAUUGGCUCUGUCACUGCAUUGUACAACAGUGAAGAUAAAUUAAGGAUUGACGGCAUAAUUUAUAAUGGAAAUCGCAUGAGACUGGUGUGCGAACCCAGUAUUAAUGUGGGACAAAUAAGUAGUGUCGAGUGGACAUUUCGUGGAAGGGUAAUUAAGGAGCCUGGAAGGAUACAAAUAACAAAUUCUAACACAAUGUCUGUUCUAACAAUAGAGAAAGCCGAUGUUGUGGAUACUGGAAUGUACCAAUGCACUCUGAUGGGCGACGUAUUGCAGUUCAGACAAGAAAGGAACGUGAUUGGAGAUGAUAUCAAACCACCUCCCAUCAUAGUAUCAAAGUCUCACAUACCCGUUAGAUGUCUGGGGACGGAGGGACAAACAGUACCACUUGAGUGUUGUGUGCAGUCCCCUUUUAAGGUGAAGUGGUUUUAAAGACUCAC